AUGAGCUUUACGUCAUCAACGGUAUUUUUUAUUCCUUUACUAGUAAUAUGGAUUUCUAUAAGUGUGGAUGCGCGGGAGGAUCAAAUUGGUGAUCUGCAUCGAUAUCACCGGCAUCGUAUUCGAUCGACGUUUCAACAUCGAAGGCAGCCAGUAUGUGUCCAUGGGAAGCCUGUCGAUGGCGAAUGUGAAUGUGAACAGGACUAUACUGGACGACAUUGUGAAAAACAAAAACACUGCGCUUCAUUUCGACGAUUUCGAAAUGGCUCAUGUCCGACAUGCUCACCAGGAUAUUACGGCGAGUUCUGCGAGGAGAUCCAUUGCGUUCAUGGAGAGCCGAGCGAUCUUGAAACGAAAUGCGAAUGUGAAGAACCGUACUCGGGCACAUUUUGUGAUGAGUUGAGUACGAAGCAAGUUUACAGCUAUUACAAUCGACGGGUGAAGCGAGUAGGAGAAAUGUUGGGUGAUCAGAACAUAGCCGUCAACAAAACAGUUCUGCAACAUCUUCUGAUGGAGUUGAUUGGUUAA